CACAGAAGUAACCAGUGCUUGACGAAAAAUCAGAUUAACCAUCAUGCCUUGGGAGGAGUUGGUUUCACUGCUGGCUGCCGUCACAAUAGUGAUGUGAGGAGGGCAGUGACCGACUGUGAUGGACAGGUGUAAGCACGUGGGUCGCUUAAGGCUUGCGCAGGACCACUCGAUCCUGAACCCGCAGAAAUGGCACUGUGUGGACUGCAACACCACCGAGUCGGUGUGGGCAUGUCUUAGCUGUUCUCAUGUAGCAUGUGGACGCUACAUAGAGGAACAUGCGCUUCAGCACUUUAAGGAGCAGCACCACCCUUUGGCCCUGGAGGUGAAUGAGUUGUAUGUGUACUGCUACUUGUGUGAUGACUACGUGCUGAAUGAUAAUGCGACAGGUGACUUAAAGCUGUUGCGAAGCACGUUAAGUGCUAUUAAGAGCCAGUGCUAUGAAGUCACCACACGUAGUGGCCGUACCCUUCGCUCAUCCUCUGCUAAUGGAGAUCAGCUAUCACCUAGCACGCAGGAGCUGCAGUUGCGGGAUGAGGACCGCAUGUUCACUGCAUUGUGGCACCGCCGGCGUGCUCUAAUCGGUCGCCUUUUUCGCCUGUGGUUCGCACAAACUGAACGGGGAAAGAAGCGUUUGGAGGAGGAACGGCAACAGGAGGAAGAGGAGGAGAGGAAGCGUGAAGCACGGGAAAGAAGACGGCAACUCAAACGGCAGCUCAAGGAAGAGUUGGAAAGUGCACCUCCUAGGAAGAGCCAUCGCAUUCGACGACAGAGCUUGAAGGCAACUUCUGUGAAACCUGCAAGAGCACCAGCCAAAAGCACUAAAUCUGUGAGGCGCAGGUCUGCUCCUGCUCGCGUCUCCACUCCUACUCCACGAACUCCUAGAGAGAGAACUCCUCAACAGAGGCCCCGUCCACAAGCCAAGGCCAAACGGCCACAGGCUCCACCUUCUAAAACAGGCGAUUCGCCCGUCAAACGGCGACCUACUGUAACUCCAGGAGUGACAGGUUUGCGCAACCUUGGCAAUACUUGCUACAUGAACUCGAUAUUGCAGGUUCUGAGUCACUUGCAUGUAUUCCGGGAGUGCUUUUUGAGACUGGAUCUGAACCAAGCGCUGGAACUGCUAGCCUCUGCGGUCAGCCGCAAGUUAGGACUCUCUGCUCAGCGCGUGAUCCAGCCCAAAGGCCUUAAUCAGGGGUCCGGACUCAGUGGAGGAGCCUCCCGUUCACGCAACAUGGAGCUCAUACAACCCAAGGAGCCCAGCUCCAAACAUAUCUCGCUUUGUCACGAAUUACACACACUCUUUCAGGUGAUGUGGUCAGGCAAGUGGGCUCUGGUUUCCCCAUUUGCAAUGCUGCAUUCUGUGUGGCAGCUGAUUCCAGCGUUCCGAGGUUAUGCACAGCAGGAUGCGCAGGAAUUUCUUUGUGAACUUUUAGAUAAAGUCCAGCAUGAGCUGGAACGGACCAGAACAUUAACACCUGCCACUGUUCCGGCCAACCAGAGACGCCUUAUCAAACAGGUGCUCAGUGUGGUCAAUACCAUCUUUCAUGGCCAGCUCCUCAGUCAGGUGAGGUGUUUAGCAUGCGAUCAUCGCUCAAACACAAUUGAGCCCUUCUGGGAUCUUUCUCUGGAAUUCCCUGAACGAUACCACAGCAACAGUAAGGAUGCUGCACAAGUUCCUUGUGGCUUGACAGAGAUGCUGGCUAAGUUUACAGAGACUGAGGCAUUGGAAGGAGCCAUAUAUGCUUGCGACUACUGCAACAACAAACGACGGCGAUUCUGUUCGAAGCAGGUGGUCUUGACUGAAGCUCAGAAACAGCUAAUGGUUCACAAACUGCCUCAUGUUCUCAGAUUGCACCUCAAACGAUUCAGGUGGUCCGGUCGAAACCACAGGGAGAAGAUCGGUGUUCAUGUUCAGUUUGAGCAGGAGCUGAACAUGGAGCCGUACUGCUGCAAAGACUCCGGCAACUUACCCCAUCCUCAACACUUCCUCUACCAACUUUCUGCUGUCGUCAUGCAUCACGGGAAGGGAUUCGGAUCAGGCCAUUACACUGCCUUUUGUUAUAAUACUGAAGGAGGGUUUUGGGUGCACUGUAAUGACUCUAAACUGAGUGUCUGCGCGGUGGAGGAAGUGUGUAAGGCCCAGGCCUACAUUCUCUUUUACACGCAAAGAAACGCUCAGGACAAAAGCAAAGAGAGUGACCUCUGACCCUUCAGAUGUAGAGACUGUCCGUUUGUACAUUCUGUUCAUAUAGUUUCGGGACGGUUAGUAUGUCUCCUUUUUCUAGUGUACAGCAAAUGUGGAAGGGGGUAUGUUUUUGUCACACGCACACUUAUGCCUUACAGUUUUACAGAUUUCAGCAUCCUUGCAGUGAUUGUAGCAAUUCAUUUGUGUGUGUGUAUGUGUGUGUGUGUGCAAAGAGAGUGAAUUUGGUCCAAGCCUGAGGCAUUAUUGGUCUCACUAGUGUCCGUGUUUAUCGUCUGCAAACCAAAGUUGAGUUGUGAAUGUGUACCGAGUCUGAAACAUUCGUAGCGUCAGUAUAAAAAGAGGUUUUCUGUCUUCAUAUCUCAAGUGUUUUAUUAUCUUCAGACAAAUUAUUUGUUUUUGAUAAGUGCCCUGCCAAGUCAGAUCAGUUUUAAGAUGUUAAUAACUUUUAAACGAGGCGCGAUUCAGGAAUUUUUCUGUCACCUUCUCAGAAUGUAGUUUUUAUACCUGGUAUUUGGGUAGACAACUUUUUUUUCCCAUUUUACAGGAAAAUGUCAAAGAUUUUUUCACCAGCAAAAAAAAAAUAGACAAUGUAUGCUGUUAUAUUCUCCCUUUGUCUGUUUGUGGCGUGUAGACUCUCUUCUGUAGUUCGUACACUUAUUUUAGAUGUACGUGUUUGUUCGACUCUCAUACACUCCUGCUCAAAUCUCCUGUUUCCACAUCUCGUUGGCUGUUCAAAUCCAUUUUCCUCCUCCGCUUUUGAGCAGGUAUAGAUGUAAAACUAUGCAAAUUGUUACCUCAAUUCAUAGAGAAAUUUACCUCAAUAAAAGGAGAAUAUUUUUGCAUUUUUCUAAA